AAACAUAAAACAUGUGGACUUAAAUUACACUAUUGAGCAAAAAUUAUUUAAUUUUUUUUUAUUCCUGUUCGUCUUCUUCUUUCUUCUUCCUCUCAGCUCGGCGACGAUGAUGGCGUUCGCUGGAAUCACGACUUCUUCGAAUCCAACUUUUCUUCAGCUAAGGAUUUCUACGAAAAGUUUCCGUCAUGUGGCUCCACGUAAUUCUAUUUCAUUUCCUCGUUCUUCAUACGUGACUCUCAAUCGGAGAAACCGUCUCUGUGUUCGAUCCUCCUCUGCUCCAGCGGCAACUGCAGUGGAGGGACUGAAACCGGCGAUAUCCUUGACGGAUAGUGCGCUUAAGCAUCUGAAUAAGAUGAGAAGAGAGCGUGGGGAAGAUCUGUGCUUGAGAAUUGGUGUGAAACAGGGAGGUUGUUCGGGGAUGUCUUACACCAUGGACUUUGAGAACAGAGCCAACGCGAGACCAGACGAUUCCACCAUCGAGUACCAAGGCUUCGCUAUAGUUUGUGAUCCAAAGAGCAUGCUCUUCCUUUUCGGGAUGCAGCUUGACUACAGCGAUGCUUUGAUCGGUGGAGGCUUCUCUUUCUCCAACCCAAACGCUACCCAAACCUGUGGAUGUGGCAAAUCUUUUGCUGCCGAGAUGUGAAACAGCUUUUAUCGCAGUAAAAAAAACACAUGUAGUUUAUAGACUUAAUAAAACGUUGUGUAUUAUGGCUGUAGAAUUUCUCAACUGAAUCAGAAAACACUGUAAGCAUUUUUCAUCUGUGAUGUUCAAUACAAAAUGCUUAUAAAUA